AUGCAUUCAACUCCAUCACGACCAAUCUCCACAUCCUCCUCAUCCUCGACAUCAACCCAUGUAACCUUUGCUAAUGAAGUAACUGACGACGUCCACGCUCUCUACAUUACCGAAAUCUAUCCGGAAGCAUAUAUUCCUUGUAACUCGGCCAGUUCUUCUGCAUUCAACUCUGCCAACUCUAGUCCAUUCGGCAGUCCGUUAUUACUCCCACGACAAACGUCAACUUUGAAUCCUGAGAAUUAUUUCGAUCAUAAGGAUAUGUUUGUUCUUCCGCCCCCGCCAGCUCGUAUCAUUCGUAAACCGUCGCAAACGAUGGUGAGUAGACGUAAUUCUGUGUUGUUGGAUCCGAUUUUGGAGGAGGAUGUUGGGGUGGCGGAUUCUGGUGCCUUCCCAAAGGGCUUUGAGCAAAGACGACGACGUAAUGAGAAGUAA